AUGCGAUUUUGGAGAUUUACUGGACAUGCAAUUGAAAGAUCGGCCGAUCGCUGCAUUAACAAUACCUUUUUGCAAAUUGAACUUCUGAAGCUAUCCAAUCCGAGGUUCAAAGAUGUUUGGGAUUAUUGUGAACAAUAUCAGGACAUUCGCGCCGCCACUUCAUCAAUGCCGUCCACCAUCAAAUCUACACUCAUGUUCAAUUCACUCACGACUAAAUCCACGAAAGCUCAUGCUACAGCCGGACGCUUCAAACCGGUUACACAGUCCACCUUACACAAUGUGACAUUCGGAUAA